AUGGAGGCCGCAAAAGAGACAGUCCUGGCGGCGAUCGAGCAGGUCAAGGCCUCCCUCCAGACGCACGGCCAGCGCCUGCCCCAGUCCCUGAGCGACGCCAAGCUCGUCCCCGGCCCGGCAGCCGAGCUCAUCCCAGAGGGCUUCCGCCCGACCACCAAGCUCGAGGUCUCGUACGACGGCAAGGCCGUCGACCUGGGCAACCUGUUCCGCGUGCGCGAGACGAAAGUCCAGCCCAACAUCUCGUUCCAGCGGGAGGCCGAUGUGGACCACAAGACAUCGUACACGCUGAUGCUUGUCGACCCCGAUGCGCCCACGCCUGACGACCCCAAGUUUGCCUUCUGGAGGCACUGGAUCAUCAACGGCCUGGAGCCCCUGAGCGGCGAGGGGACUAUUGUCGCUGCGACGAAGCCACCCGCUACGGCCUAUCACCCGCCAGGCCCUACCAAGGAAUCAAAACCUCACAGAUACCUCUUCGUCUUGUUCCGGGAGCCAGUCCUACAUGGCCUGGACCUCAAGCCUGAGGAUGUCGGCGGGGAGGAGUUCACCCAGCGACGGUCUUUCAAGCCUGUCGAGUUUGCCAAGAAGCAUGGGCUGGAACUCGUUGGCGUGAACUGGAUGAAGGUUGCAGCGGAUGACUGGGAAUAA